GAGAUUUACUCAUGCUGGUAUUGCCUUCUUUCAGUUUUAUUAUGUCCCUUCGUCAGCUGUUUUAUGUUUCAGGUGUCUGCCCUUCUAUGGAAAUGUUCUCCCACGACCUGCACUGGGCUAUGAUACCAAUACUACAGACAGGAAUCACUAUUUGCACCACCUUCAUUAUUAUGUAGCUUCUUACUCUGCUCUCCUUGCGGUCAACUUUGCCGUUGUGUUCCUUUCAAUGGCACUGAGCUACUGCAAAGUCCUCCAUCACAUCAAACGUAUGAGACUCAGACAAGGUUACAAACAUAAGUUUGCAGAAUGAAUCACUCCGUCAUUU